AUGGUGAUCAGCUUCAGUUGCUCGGCAAGUAGAAGACCGACACGGAGCUUGGCCUUGCUGUUCAUCCUGGUCGUGAUGAAGACUCCAGUCCAUGGGCAGUCUACUUCGGAGUUCGUAAGCAUCGAUUGUGGAAACAAUAGCACCUACUACGACACCAUAACAGAAAUACAGUACGAUUCUGACAGUGGAUUUGCCGAGGGCGGUUUGAGUCACAAAAUUUCAGCGGAGUUCAUGGCUGGUGCAGGGAAUGAGCAACAAAAAACCCUGAGAAGCUUCCCUGACGGUCCACGAAAUUGCUACACGCUGCCAUCCACCAUUGGAAAAAAGUUUCUGUUGAGGGCUAUGUUUACUUACGGCAACUACGACGGGUUGAACAGGACUAUGGACGGAUCUCCGUUUUUAUUUGGGCUCCAUAUCGGUGUCAAUUUCUGGGAGGCGGUGAACUUGACAAGUGUGGAUCCAACACUCACGAUAUGGAAGGAGGUGAUCACCGUUGCUCCGGCCAACUUGGUGUUCGUCUGUCUGAUAAACUUUGGUACAGGGAUUCCGUUUGUGUCUGCUCUGGAGUUGAGGCCACUUGAAGAUCUGAUGUACCCUUUUGUGAAUACUUCAGUGUCAGUCAGCUACUUUAGACGAAUCAGAUUUGGUCAAGCCACUGAAAUUAUCACAAGAUAUCCAACGGACAGUUACGACCGGUUCUGGGAGAGUUGGCCCCAAAACUCCUACCCCUGGAUCAGCGUAAACACCAGCGGUCGAGUGAGGAGGCUACCUGGCAACCAUGCCUUCCAGGUACCAGAGGGCAUCCUCCAGCAGGCCACAACCCUAGACACGAACUACUCCUACUUCGAGAUCAAAAUGGGAGUGGGUCCCAACCUGGACCCUAAGAACCUGCAGCUUCUCCCGAUCUUCCACUUUGCCGAGAUCAACCUCAGCAACCAGAACAGGAGGUUCAACAUCUACAGCGACAAUGACUUGCUGUUCCGAGACUUUGCACCUUCGCGACUCAGAGUGGACAGCAUGUACGGGAACGGGCGGUUCUUGCACAAUCCUACAGCGACCUUCCUCCUGAACAAGACACGCAGGUCAAGGCUCCCUCCGCUCAUCAACGCGUUUGAGUUGUACACUCUCGUCCGGAUGGAUAACCUCACCACUGACUCCAACGACGUGCACUACAUGAAAGAAGUCAAGAAGCGCUACAAUUUAGCAAGAAAAAACUGGAAUGGUGAUCCAUGCUCCCCAAGAGAGUAUUCCUGGGAAGAUUUGACUUGCGACUACCCUAAAAGCAACCAGAAUCCGAGAAUUGUUGCAAUAGAUCUGUCUGCCAAUGGACUAAAAGGUGGUCUAGCUAUAUCAUUCAUGAACAUUUCAUCGCUAGAAAACUUGGAUUUAUCACACAACAAUUUGACGGGGGCUAUUCCAGACUACCAAAUAAAUUCACUUAAAGUUCUAAAUUUGUCAAAUAACCAGCUCGAUGGACCAAUCCCUGAUUCUAUUCUUCAAAGAUUUCAGGACGGCCUGCUUGAAUUAAGAUUACAAGGCAAUCCCAUAUGCUCAAAAGUCAAUGAUACAUACUGUUCAAAUAAGAAGAACACCACACCUACUGUGCUCAUUGCUGUCAUAGUUCCUGUCGUACUGGUAUCCCUCCUUGUAGUGAUGUGCAUACUCUGGAAGUUAUGCUGGAAAGGGAAGUCGGGAGACCAUGAGGAUUAUGCUAUGUAUGAAGACGAAACUCCCCUACAUAUUGAUAUUAGACGGUUCACGUACGCAGAGCUGAAGCUCAUUACAAGCAACUUCCAAUCAAUCAUUGGAAAAGGAGGUUUCGGUAUCGUUUAUCAUGGCACACUUGAAUAUGGUGAUGAGGUAGCUGUGAAGGUGCUUAUGGAGACAUCAAUAGCAGAUUCCACAGACUUCCUCCCUGAGGUGCAAACCCUGUCCAAAGUUCAUCACAAGAACCUCGUGACUUUGCAAGGAUAUUGCCAGAACAAGAAGUGUCUAGCACUCGUUUAUGAUUUCAUGCCCAGAGGAAAUCUUCAACAGCUUUUAAGAGGAGGAGAUAACAGUCUGAAUUGGGAACAACGACUUCAUAUUGCACUUGAUGCUGCACAAGGACUUGAGUAUUUACAUGAGUUAUGCAUCCCAGCAAUAGUGCACAGAGAUGUGAAGACCCCAAACAUCCUUCUAGACAAGAAUCUGGUGGGGGUAAUAUCUGAUUUUGGGCUUUCGCGGGCUUUUAGCGAUGCUCACACACACAUAUCUACUGUUGCUGCUGGGACUCUUGGCUACCUCGACCCUGAGUACCAUGCAACUUUCCAACUCACUGUCAAGACAGACGUUUACAGCUUCGGCAUUGUGCUCUUGGAGAUCAUCACCGGCCAACCCCCAGUCUUUAUGGACCCUCAAACUGUCCACCUACCAAAUUGGGUGCGGCAAAAGAUAGCUAGCGGCAGCAUUGACAAUGUCGUAGACAAGAGGCUGCUAGAUGGGUACGAUGUCAGUUCCCUGCAGAGUGUGGUAGACCUUGCCAUGAACUGCGUUGAAAACGCAGCCAUCGAAAGGCCAACCAUGACUGAGGUUGUUUCAAGGCUGAAAAUGUGCUUGCCGGCGGUUCCAAGGUUGCUCCAGUUAACGAUUUCCGGAGUUCCAACAAUAAGCAACGAGGGGAACUUCCACUCUGAUCAUGCCGGCAGGAUGUCAGAGACAAGCCUCUUAUCUGGACGGUGA